AUGAAUUCGUACAAUGAGUCAGCCCCGACGGGUUGCAGUUUCUGGGAUAAUGAUGAUAUUUCUCCCUGUAUCAGAAAGUCACUGCUGGAUUCGUAUUUGCCUGCUGCAAUUGUAGUAGGAUCGUUACUCUAUUUACUGCUCAUAGGAGCACAACAGAUCAAGACUCACAGAAAGCUCUACGCCAAGGAUGAAACACAACCGUUAUUAGAACCUGCCAAUGGCUCACCUACGGAUUAUUCUAAUACUUAUGGCACCAUAGAUUACGAAGAGGAACAAUCCACAGCGGAGUUGACAACCUCACAGAAACAUUUUGACAUUUCCAGACUGGAACCCCUGAAAGAUGAUGGCACACCGUUAGGACUGGUGAAAUAUGUUCAAAGAGAUGGCUGGGAGAAAGUUAAGCUAAUUCUAGAGUUUGUGAUAUUGAUAUUCCAAUUAGUUAUAGCUGUCGUCGCUCUUUUCGUACCUUCUCUUAACCAAGAGUGGGAAGGUUACAAGCUUACUCCAAUAGUACGAGUAUUCGUGUGGAUCUUCUUGUUUGCACUUGGAUCCAUCAGGGCGUUGAACAAGUCGGGUCCAUUUCCUUUGGCCAAUAUUUCAUUGUUGUACUACAUCGUUAAUAUUGUUCCCUCAGCACUCUCUUUCAGAAGUGUACUUAUUCAUCCGCAAAAUUCACAAUUGGUAAACUAUUACUACUCUUUUCAGUUUAUUAACAAUACGCUACUGUUUCUCCUUCUUGGUUCAGCAAGAGUGUUUGACCAUCCUUCUGUCCUUUUUGACACUGAUGAUGGAGUUAAACCUUCCCCGGAAAAUAAUUCCAACUUUUUUGAGAUUGUCACCUAUUCUUGGAUUGACCCAUUAAUUUUCAAAGCUUACAAGACUCCACUUCAAUUUAACGACAUUUGGGGAUUAAGAAUAGAUGAUUAUGCAUAUUUCCUACUAAGAAGAUUUAAAGACCUGGGAUUCACUAGAACUUUCACCUACAAGAUAUUUUAUUUUUCGAAAGGCGAUUUAGCUGCCCAGGCUUUGUGGGCAAGUAUUGACUCCAUGCUGAUAUUUGGGCCAUCUUUGCUGUUGAAACGAAUUUUGGAGUAUGUUGACAACCCAGGGAUGACAUCACGCAAUAUGGCAUGGUUGUAUGUUCUUACUAUGUUUUUUAUCCAAAUAUCAGAUUCUUUGGUUAGUGGCAGAUCCCUAUAUCUAGGAAGGAGAGUCUGCAUUAGAAUGAAAGCUUUGAUCAUUGGUGAAGUUUAUGCUAAAGCACUUAGAAGACGUAUGACCAGCCCUGAGGAGUUGAUAGAAGAGGUUGAUCCUAAAGAUGGCAAGGCCCCAAUCGCCGAUCAAACCUCAAAGGAAGAGUCCAAGUCUACGGAGCUAGGUGGAAUCAUCAAUUUGAUGGCAGUAGACGCAUCCAAGGUUUCAGAGUUGUGCAGUUAUUUGCAUUUCUUUGUCAAUUCCUUUUUUAUGAUUAUUGUUGCCGUCACCUUACUGUACAGACUUCUAGGAUGGUCAGCUCUCGCUGGCUCGUCCUCUAUCUUAAUUCUGUUACCAUUAAACUACAAACUAGCAAGUAAAAUUGGUGAGUUCCAAAAAGAAAUGUUAGGCAUUACAGAUAACAGAAUUCAGAAGUUGAAUGAAGCUUUCCAGAGUAUACGUAUUAUCAAGUUUUUUGCUUGGGAGGAGAAUUUUGCUAAAGAGAUUAUGAAGGUAAGAAAUGAAGAAAUCAGGUAUUUGAGGUAUAGAGUCAUUGUCUGGACUUGCUCUGCAUUUGUUUGGUUCAUCACUCCAACGUUGGUGACUUUGAUUUCAUUCUAUUUUUACGUUGUAUUCCAAGGCAAAAUUUUGACCACUCCUGUAGCAUUUACUGCACUCUCCUUAUUCAACUUGUUAAGGUCUCCACUUGACCAGUUAUCCGAUAUGCUAUCAUUUAUGGUUCAGUCAAAAGUUUCUCUGGACCGUGUCCAAAAAUUCUUAGAAGAACAAGAGAGUGAUAAGUAUGAACAGCUAACGCACACCAGAGGUGCAAACUCCCCCGAGGUUGGUUUUGAGAAUGCAACACUAUCCUGGAACAAAGGCUCAAAGAACGAUUUUCAGCUUAAAGAUAUUGAUAUUGCCUUUAAAGUUGGUAAGCUUAAUGUGAUUAUUGGUCCAACAGGUUCCGGAAAAACUUCUUUAUUGCUGGGUCUUUUAGGAGAAAUGCAGCUGACUAAUGGUAAGAUAUUCCUUCCUGGAAGUACUCCUCGUGAUGAAUUGAUUCCAAAUCCAGAAACAGGUAUGACUGAAGCUGUGGCCUACUGCUCACAGAUUGCUUGGUUGCUAAAUGACACCGUGAAGAACAACAUCGUCUUUGCUGCUCCUUUCAACCAACAGCGUUAUGACGCUGUUAUCGAUGCCUGUGGUUUAACCAGAGACUUAAAAGUCUUAGAUGCUGGUGAUGCCACUGAGAUUGGCGAAAAAGGUAUCACUUUGUCUGGUGGUCAGAAACAACGUGUCUCCUUAGCAAGAGCCCUGUACUCAAAUGCUAGGCAUGUGUUAUUGGAUGAUUGUUUAAGUGCUGUUGACUCUCACACCGCUGCUUGGAUUUACGAAAACUGUAUUACUGGACCUCUGAUGAAGGAUCGUACUUGUAUUCUCGUUUCUCAUAACGUUGCUUUGACAGUCAGGGAUGCUGCAUGGAUCGUUGCAAUGGAUAAUGGAAGAGUUCUCGAGCAAGGAACAUGUGAAGACUUGCUUUCAUCGGGGAGUUUGGGCCAUGACGAUUUGGUAUCAACCGUUAUUAGCUCGCGUAGUCAAUCUUCGGUCAACUUAAAACAAUUGAAUGUAUCUGAUACAAGUGAAAUUCAUCAAAAGUUGAAAAAAAUAGCUGAAAGCGACAAGGCUGAUCAACUUGAUGAGGAGCGACUCUCACCUCGAGGGAAGUUGAUCGAAGAUGAAACGAAGUCUAGCGGAGCAGUUAGUUGGGAAGUUUACAAGUUUUAUGGUAGAGCUUUUGGUGGCGUUUUUAUCUGGUUCGUAUUUGUUGCAGCAUUUGCCGCUUCUCAAGGGUCAAACAUCAUGCAGUCUGUUUGGUUGAAGAUUUGGGCGGCUGCUAACGAUAAGCUGGUGUCUCCUGCGUUUACUAUGUCUAUUGAUAGGUCAUUGAAUGCCCUCAAGGAAGGAUUCAGAGCAUCUGUGGCAUCUGUUGAGUGGUCCCGUCCUCUAGGCGGUGAAAUGUUCCGGGUUUAUGGCGAAGAGAGCAGCCAUUCUUCUGGUUACUACAUUACAAUCUAUGCUCUGAUUGGUUUGUCAUAUGCGCUAAUUUCAGCAUUCCGUGUCUACGUUGUUUUUAUGGGAGGAAUUGUUGCCUCUAACAAGAUUUUUGAAGAUAUGUUGACAAAAAUUUUCAAUGCCAAAUUACGAUUCUUUGAUUCCACACCUAUCGGCCGUAUUAUGAACCGUUUCUCCAAAGAUACUGAAUCCAUUGACCAAGAAUUGGCUCCUUAUGCUGAAGGAUUUAUUGUGUCCGUUCUUCAGUGUGGUGCGACUAUUCUUUUGAUUUGUAUUAUUACUCCGGGAUUUAUCGUAUUUGCUGCAUUUAUUGUGAUCAUCUACUAUUAUAUUGGGGCAUUGUAUUUAGCUUCAUCUCGAGAGUUAAAAAGGUACGAUUCGAUCACUGUAUCUCCGAUUCAUCAGCAUUUCUCCGAAACACUGGUGGGCGUUACCACCAUUCGUGCUUAUGGUGACGAAAGAAGAUUUAUGAGACAAAACCUGGAAAAGAUUGAUAAUAACAACAGAUCUUUCUUCUACUUGUGGGUUGCGAAUAGAUGGUUGGCACUUCGUGUUGAUUUUGUUGGGGCUUUGGUCAGUCUAUUAUCAGCAGCUUUUGUGAUGCUGAGUAUUGGUCAUAUCGAUGCUGGUAUGGCCGGUCUUUCCCUAUCCUACGCCAUUGCGUUUACCCAGAGUGCUCUUUGGGUUGUUAGGCUCUACUCUGUGGUGGAGAUGAAUAUGAACUCUGUGGAAAGAUUGGAAGAGUAUUUAAACAUUGACCAAGAACCUGACAGAGAGAUUCCAGAUAAUAAACCACCAUCCUCGUGGCCUGAAACUGGAGAAAUAGAAGUUGAUGAUGUUUCACUACGCUACGCUCCUUCUCUGCCCAAAGUCAUUAAAAAUGUAUCUUUCAAGGUCGAGCCAAGAUCGAAGAUUGGAAUUGUGGGUAGAACUGGUGCUGGAAAAUCAACCAUUAUCACAGCAUUUUUCAGAUUUGUCGAUCCUGAAUCUGGGUCAAUCAAGAUCGACGGUAUUGAUAUUACCUCUAUCGGAUUGAAGGAUUUGCGAAAUGCUGUCACUAUAAUUCCUCAGGAUCCAACAUUAUUCACCGGUACUAUCAGAUCCAAUUUGGAUCCGUUCAACCAAUACUCAGAUGCCGAAAUCUUUGAGUCUCUGAAGAGAGUCAAUCUGGUCUCUACAGAUGAGCCAACGUCUGGCAGUUCCAGCGAUAACAUCGAGGAUUCAAAUGAGAAUGUGAACAAGUUCUUGAACUUGAAUAACACUGUGUCCGAAGGUGGCUCAAACCUGUCGCAGGGUCAAAGGCAACUGACUUGUCUUGCUCGUUCGUUGCUGAAGUCUCCUAAAAUCAUUCUACUUGACGAGGCAACAGCCUCUAUUGACUACAACACAGAUUCCAAGAUUCAAACUACAAUCAGAGAAGAGUUCAGCGAUAGCACCAUUUUAACUAUAGCUCAUAGGCUACGCUCUAUUAUUGACUAUGACAAAAUUUUAGUCAUGGAUGCUGGGCGUGUCGUGGAGUAUGACGACCCUUACAAGUUGAUCAGUGAUCAGAACUCAUUGUUCUACAGUAUGUGUAGUAACAGUGGGGAACUUGAUACGCUCGUUAAGCUUGCUAAAGAGGCUUUCAUUGCUAAGCGCAAUAAGAAAUAA